AUGCAAACACACGACCAGAUUUAUGCAUCCACAAAAUUAGAAUUCGUAAUGGCUGAGACCCCCGAAUUGACGAUAAGAAAGGUGGAACCAGCGGAUGUUGAACCGGUCAGGAGGUUUAUGAAGAGGACGUUCUUCAAAGACGAGCCCAUUUGCAAAUCUUUGAAAGUGGUUGUUGAUGAUACAGUCGAUGAAGGGGUGGUGGAUUAUUGCUUGAGGUUCUUGGGACAAGGGCUUGAUUUGGUUGCUGAGUAUAAUGGCAAUAUUGUUGGUUCAUCCUGUUCCAAUGUGUUGAUAGAAAAAGGUUCUUCCCUGGUCGAACGGCCCUACACUCUGACCGAUAAGGGCAAAAUUGUAAAAGACUUGCUUGAAUACGUGGAGGAAAUGGCAAAUCCAUUCGAUAAUGCCAACAGAGUUUUCCUGUUGAACUUGCUUUCUGUGGAUCCCACAUUCAGAGGCCGCGGGCUGGGUAAAAAACUGCUAAUAGAAUCGAUGAGAGUUGCGAAGGAACAUGGAGCUCAGAGAGUCAUGGUGGAAUGUACGAGCGUUUUUACAAACGCUGCGUGCCGUUCUUUGGGCUUUAGAGACGUUUUUACUCUAAAAUACGCAGAUUAUAAACUCGAUGGUAAAGUUGUUGUCAAUCCUGAACCACCUCACUAUGCUGUGGUGGUAGCGGCCUUUGAUUUCGACCAAUAA